AUGUCAGCGCAGCUCAUAGCUCGGAGCGUGGCACCGCAAGCCGACGGCAAGCGCCCUAUGACGCUCCGCAUCACCGCAGCUCUCAAACCAGUGCCUCCGUACACAUGCGAAGAGCGUGUGCCCAUGGACUUCCACAUCUUCCGGCUGGACUCACUGGGACACGAUCCCAGCGAGCCCCGCGCGAGCCUCCUCACCAUCCCCCAGGAGCUGCGAGACAAGAUCUGGGAGCUCGCUGUUGUCGAACCCGACCUCUGGUAUCGCCGGCAUGACCCUCGCGGCCCCAUCCCCAGCCAGACCAAAGGUUCUCAAAGGCCAGUAUUUGAGUGCUACGAAUCAAGCAGCGUGCGCUCGAAGUAUCUCCACAAACGUUACUGCAGCCCCUCCGAGUGCGACUGUCCAACGCCACAAGGGAAGCGAGUCUGCAAGCAUCUCUGCCAGGGAAGACCAGGCCUGGCGUUACUCCGCACCUGCCGGCAGAUAUAUAACGAGGCAGACCCGAUAUUCUGGAAGCAGAACAUGUUUUGUUUUGAGAACAGCAUGUCGCUCUUGGAUACGCUGGGAUCCUUGCCACAGUCCACUCUGGACAAGAUUCAGAGAUUGUCGGCGCUGGAUCCCAACGACAUAGAAGCAUUCGAAUUCGGGGAGCAACGUCGACGAGCGCGGACCAUCAUCUCACGCCUGCACAACUUGAAAGAGUUGGAGAUGGGCCCGGAAGCAAUCGUCGCCAACCCUGACUUCCUCCUAACGCUAUCGCAGCUGCGGUACUUCCGGAUCGUUGUCCUGGAACCUGUCAAGAUGGGUCGAAAGGAGCUCUCGCAACCGAUGAUUUGGGUGCGCGUUGCAAGAGAUUGCGUCCUAGGGCAAUGCCGGAAACCCGAAGAGCAUCGAUACGGAGACGGACUCAAGCUGCGCAAGGGCUCGUGCUUGCUGUGUUGGCAAGGUAGCGAUGAAAAGGUCAUCUCGGACGCUGUGUGGGCUGACGGCGGACAUGCCGGCGGACAUUCGUCUCGAACGGUUGAAUACAUCUCGAAACUGUUGAAAGAACAGCGUUGCAUGUCUGCCAAUCAAGCUCACGCGGGCUGGUAUACUGAGCCCGUGGAGAUGGAGUGUGCUGCUCAGGACUGGGGUCUGGAUGUCGGACUCUUCGGCUUGCCAGCGCUCGGUCCGGAGGAGAGGAAGAGGCUGCAGAAUGAGGAAAAGGCGAGAAAGGAAAGCAUCGUCGUCUCCAUGGCAGAAGUGAUUCGCAUGAGGCAAGUGGCAAUAGAGAAGCAUAACGCUGAGGAGGGCGAGGAAGUAACGGAAUGGAAGGUGACGAUCAAGAAGGGCAAGAAGGGGAAGAAAGCGAUCACGGAGCUCAAAGCAGCGAAUGUACAGGCAGGAAGGAGGGCCGACCGGUAA